AUGUCCAUGUACAAUCCACAUCGAGGGCUGGGUCCUCCACCCGGGGCGGGAAAUGCGCGAUUGAAUGAGUUACUCGAGGGAAUUAGAGCGGAAUUUGAAACACAGGCCCGAACGAGCGGGGAAUAUGAACACUCAAUGGCGCAGCAGAUACAGGAAAUGCAAGCCGUGAGGGAAAAGGUAUACGCUAUGGAACAGACUCAUCUUGCACUUAAACAAAAAUAUGAUGAAGAGCUAUCCCGCUUGCACCGCGAACUUGAAGCUCGAGGCGGGAACCCUCGUUCUUCGGCUAUAAAUGGACCGCCACAGAAUUCGGGUCCUUCGCAACAAGCACCUCCUUCGAUUGGACAUGGUCCAAGCAAUCUUUUCGGAGGAAUUAUGACAGGACAGGUCGCUCCAGGACUUGCACCUCCGCAACAGACAGAUCAACACCAGAUGCCACAACAUCAAAUGCCUCAACCGCCUCAAGGGCCUCCCAACCUUCAGGGUCUUCCUCCUGGACCUCCAAAUCUCCAAGGCCCUCCUCCAGGACCCCCAAAUCUUCAAGGACCUCCGCCCCAGCAGCCACAAUCGUCAUUUCAAGGAGCAUAUUCACAAGGUCCGGCGCCUAACGGGUAUUCACAGACUCAAUCUACGAAUUCCCCUGGACCAGGAAAAGGUAGGCAGUCGAAUCGAGGACCAGGAGGUCCCGCAACGCCACAAUUAAACCAGCAGAUGCCAUAUCCUGACCCAAGAGCCGUUGCUUCACCCCAGGUUGGCCACCCUAUUCCUUCUCAGCAUCCUGCAACCUACAGAGUAGGGGUUGGAAAUGCCCUAGCUGACUUGGAACUGGAAAGGCUUCCAGCCCACCAAAAAAAAGUAGAGCAAGACUGGUUUGCAAUUUUUAACCCCGAAGUUCCCCGUAUCUUAGACGUUGAUUUAGUUCACACAUUACAACAUGAGAGCGUCGUUUGUUGCGUGAGAUUUAGCCAUGACGGAAAAUAUGUGGCUACCGGAUGUAACCGUUCGGCACAGAUAUACGAUAUAAUUUCGGGACAGAAAAUCUGUGUUUUACAGGAUGAAUCAGUCGACUCGGUCGGUGAUCUAUACAUUAGGAGUGUUUGCUUCAGUCCUGACGGACGAUACUUGGCAACAGGAGCAGAAGACAAGCUGAUCAGGGUCUGGGAUAUUGCAUCUAGAACCAUCAGAAAUACAUUUAGCGGUCAUGAGCAAGAUAUAUAUUCUCUUGACUUUGCUCGGGAUGGCCGCACUAUCGCUUCUGGUAGCGGCGAUCGUACAGUUCGCUUGUGGGAUAUUGAGGCAGGGCACAACACACUAACACUGAGUAUUGAAGAUGGCGUCACAACAGUCGCUAUUUCUCCAGACACAAAGUAUGUUGCAGCCGGAUCUCUCGAUAAAAGCGUGCGAGUCUGGGACACAAACUCAGGAUAUCUUGUUGAACGUCUCGAAGGGCCUGAUGGGCACAAGGAUUCUGUGUACUCGGUCGCAUUUGCACCUAAUGGUAAAGAUCUUGUCUCUGGAAGUUUAGAUAAAACAAUUAAGAUGUGGGAGUUGGUCGCCCCCCGUGGUGGUCAUCCCAACAAUGCACCAAAAGGCGGACGUUGUAUCAAAACUUUUGAAGGUCAUAAGGACUUUGUACUUUCAGUUGCUCUCACACCGGAUGGUAAUUGGGUGCUUUCAGGAUCAAAAGAUCGCGGUGUACAAUUCUGGGAUCCUCGGACAGGUAACACUCAGCUUAUGUUACAGGGUCACAAAAAUUCUGUCAUAAGUGUAGCACCAAGCCCUAGUGGUGGCAGCUUUGCUACCGGUAGCGGUGAUAUGCGAGCUAGAAUUUGGAGUUAUAAACCAUAUCAGACUCCUGCGCACCUGGGUUGA